AUGUCUGUUGAACCAUACGAACAUCAUCCGGCCACAACUGUCUAUCACAAACUUCCAUCUGAACCGCUGGACACUCCAAGAAGUCUCAUAUUCAUACCUGGCAAUCCUGGAUUAGUGGAGUUUUACAUUGUGUACUUGAACUUGAUUCAAGAGCAAUACCCGGACCUUGAGAUCCUCUGUGUAUCGCAUGCGGGUCAAAAUACCACCCCUUCCACAGCACAGUCGGCCCCACAGUACGAUGUGCAUUAUCAGGUUAAUCACAAGUAUGAGUUCAUACGAAAACACAUUCUAGAUAAGUAUGACGACAAGCCGGUGGAGUUAUGGAUCAUGUGUCAUUCCAUGGGGGGGUUCGUCACACAAAGAGCGGUAAGGGAGUUGACGAACGACUCAAAACUUCAGGGGAAAUUCAAUUUGAAAUUCAUUGGACUAAUCUGCCCUACAAUCAAGGAUUUAAACCGUUCAAAUUCAGGUACAAAGGCAGCCCCACUUUUCGAAUGGCUCCCCAUGAUAACGAUAGUAGUUUGGUUUUCGAAGUUAUUGAAUUUGAUACUUACUGAUGAGUCCAAACUGAGUAUAAUUCAAAACAAAGUUUUACAACCAUCCCAAAGUCACUCAAAAGCUGCCAAGGAUCUGAUGAAAUACUCCGUUGGGGCUGUAAAAGACUUAAUCAGUUCACCAGCAAUUGUUCGCCAAGCUUUACAAUUAGUUGACGAUGAGCUUCAAGUUAUACGUGAUGACGAUACCGUAAAUGAUUGGUUUUACAAAGACUUAAAGGGCACAAAAAUUUGGACGUUCUAUGCACAUAAUGAUCAUUGGGUGGCAAAUUUCACCAGAGAUAGUACUAUUGCGCGAUACCACAACCCGCAAGACGAUGUUGUCUUCGAGUUGGGAUCAAAAGAGGGAAACAUCCAGCAUGCUUUUUGUGUGAAUCAACUGGAGGAGUUCGCUGCUAUUACGUUAAAGCAAUUGAAACAUUUCCAACUUUAG